AUGCUGGAAAUCACCAGUCUUGGCCAGUUGCUAUCGUACGUGCAGCGCAGCGAUGUGGUGACGGUAGUCGACUUUUACGCCGACUGGUGUGGACCGUGUCAGCAGAUCAAGCCGCAGUUUGAGCAGAUGGCGCAAUACUACGACCCCAGCAAAGUCAUUUUCGCCAAAUGCAACGUCGACCGCAAUCGCGACUGCGCCAGCCGCUACGGCGUCACCUCCAUUCCCACUUUCAUCGUCUUCUACGCUAAUGAGCGUGUUACAACAGUGACAGGCGGUGAUCUCGGUACGGUGCAGCGUAAUAUCGAUCUUGCCGUCGCCCAAAUCCCGGAGACUGCGGCGCCCUCGUCUGCCGGCCAGACGGCGGCAGCGCAUAGACCUUCGCAGGAGACACAGGACGCCUUUGCGGAGCAGAUGCUGCGUAUUGUGGAGGCCAAGGGAACGAAGAACCCAAUCCUCGAGAAAGAUAGCUGUGACGCCGCGUACGCGCUGCUCAAGGAAAAGACUCCCUACGGUCUGCUCCUGCUGCCCUACCUCGCCUCUGACGCCUUCUCCGCCAUUGCUAUUGAGGCGCUCUUCGCCAACAUUGCCUCUCGCGCUGGUGCUGAGCGGCACGACGAGGAGCAUCUCAUCAACCAGGUCCUGUCCCACGUCAUGCAACUCGCCGUCCAUCUUUCCUGGGGUGACAUGAGCGUUGUGAGGCAGCUGCACCGCGUGCUCUUGUCGCUGCUUGCCUGUCCCCAGAUGCAGACAGCGCUGGUGGCGAGCCCCUUCUUUACCAACGUGUUCAUCACCACCGGCACACAGCUCGAGCGCACGACGCUCUUGGGCGUUCUCUUUGGCCUGGGACCAAAACCUAUGGCAGCGGCACGCGCGCCUAAUGGAAACUGGCUCGAGGUACUCGAGCUUUUUCCCUAUCAGAAGAAGGACGAGCACCAGCAGACAGUCUACACUAUGCAGCAGGAGGUGAAGGCGCUUGCAAAGAUGAACGUACAACUGCUGCAGAGCCUGUUGCGCGUAAAUAUGACUCGCAACGCAACGCUGCGGUACCUUGGCCAAGCCCUACAGCUGAACGAGGAUUACCUGAAGACGAUGCACCACGACAGCCCAAUCAGCUCUCGCUAUUUCAUGAUCCAGCUUCAGUCGGUUCUCAUUGAGCUCGCGCUGCCUAUCUUCCAGGCGCGCACGAACAAGGAAGAUAUGAGCAGCGGCUGCAGCUACGACUACCGCCAGAUACCAGCUCAUUACCUACUGGAUCGCUUGUACGGCCCACACGGCGUCGUCGUCUCCUUUGGCAGUGACGUUGAGCGGGUAGCGCACUACGAUAAUGACAAUCCGUUGCCCCUGGUGCCGUCGAACCGCGGCGCCUACAAGCCCUUCAUCCAUCUCUUCUUCCUUGCGGCCCGUGCUGUCACACUGUGCGCGGCCGUUCUCAUUGACGAGCACGACCGUGACGAGCGCCAGGCGACCCACCCGCAGGCGUCACAGCAGCAGCGCGACUUCUUUACCGCGGAGAAGCUCCUGGUCGAGGGCUUGCUCGGCUCAAAUGAGCUUAGCGCGAGCCGACUCGAGUUCCUCAAUCACCUCGCCCACUGGCUUUUGACGGUGAUGCAAGUGGAUGACCAGGGCGUCUUGCCAGCUGAACCGCCAGCGGAGUGGGGCUACCUCCCACAGUGUCUCGUCAACUGCGUGAUUCGUGCCACAAGUAUGGCCCCGUUGGACGGCCUUUACUCCGACGGCAUGAUCUCCCUCAUGUUGGUACUGAUGGGCAACACCAAGUACUUCCCUAAGCCCCACACGCACGCCCUCUUUCCAGCCUACCUGUUGCGGCUGCAGGAGAAUUACACGACGCGCAAGGUGCUCGAGCAGCAUCCGUGGUUCAGCACCCACAUUGUGCGCGCCUGUAUGGAGUGCUACAUCGCUGUCGAGAAGUCGUCCUACGAGAGGGUUGAGGUGCGCUACGAGCUCUCGUACGCCAUUAAAACGUUCCUCAAAUCAAAUCUGCUGUGCGAUCCGGUGCGAGAGGAGAUGGAGUCUCAGGCGAACAACACAAUGCUGGAGCGCUUCUCGCACAUGGCGGUGGCGGAGGUGAAUGAGGCGGUCGAUCAAGUUAUUGACACCCUCACCAGGAUGAACGAGAUGGUGAAGGCCGGCGCUGAUUUGUCGGAGAACGCUGUCACGUCGAGUAGCUCGCAGAACACCGCUGACGGGUUGCACGGGCAGCAACAACCGCAGGUGCGCCACCAGCGAAACAACGCGAAUCGAAGCGAGGAGGCCGUCUCCAGCGAGGACGACGGUGAGGAGGACGAAGUGGAGAACACGGACAGGUCACAGACGUACCACGAGCGUGGCAUGAGCCUCCGUUCGCACCUGAUGCUUUUCACCGCUUCGAUGGACAUGUUCAUUGAGCUCUCUUUGCAGUUUCCGAAGGGCGUCUCGCAGAACAUGGUGGCUGGGCAGAUCAGCGAGAUGCUUGCCCGCAGUCUGAUGGCGUUCGCCGGCCCAAACAGCCGGAACCUGAAGAUCCAGAAUGCGGACCUCUACAACUUCCGCCCCCGCGAGGUGCUGAUGCGUCUCGUCGACUGCUUCACACACUUCCGCCGCUCUAAGAGCUUCCUCCGAUGCCUGUGUCACUGCAGCAUCCCGCUCUCUGAUAUUAGCAGUGUCAUGCGCACCAUCGUGGACCGCCAGCUCAUAUCGGAGGACCUCAUCUGGAAGGUCUCCGAAAUGAAGUCUGCGGUGGAGUCUGCAUCCAAGGAGGUGGACAGCGAGGAGGCUGUCUGGGAUGACGCGCCCGACUACGCCUUGGAUGCGUUGCUUUCCACCCCGCUUCUCCAGCCGGUUGCGCUGCCUGCGGACGUGAAGGACCUGAAUGACCUGGUGUAUGUCAACCAGGAGACACUGCACCACCUCCUCCUCUCCGAGAGCAAGCACCCCUUCACGAACGAGGCUCUGACGGAGGGCGAGGUGGCGGCUUUCAACAAGCGCCCCGACGUGGCGGCUGCUGUGGAGGGGCGACGGGUUGCUAUUCAGAAAUGGCUGUCGGACGCCAAGGCUGCCAAGGCGUAG